AUGAUAAAUUGCCAUGAAAAAUCUAUCAAUUUAAUAGGUAUAUCACUAACUUACCAUGUAACAUCUAUCAUUUUAAUAGGUAUAUCACUAACUUACCAUGUAACAUCUAUCAUUUUAAUAGGUAUAUCACUAACUUACCAUGUAACAUCUAUCAUUUUAAUAGGUAUACCACUAACUUACCAUGUAACAUCUAUCAUUUUAAUAGGUAUACCACUAACUUACCAUGUAACAUCUAUCAUUUUAAUAGGUAUACCACUAACUUACCAUGUAACAUCUAUCAUUUUAAUAGGUAUAUCACUAACUUACCAUGAAAAAUCUAUCAAUUUAAUAGGUAUAUCACUAACUUACCAUGAAUCAUCUAUCAUUUUAAUAGGUAUAUCACUAACUUACCAUGUAACAUCUAUCAUUUUAAUAGGUAUAUCACUAACUUACCAUGUAACAUCUAUCAUUUUAAUAGGUAUACCACUAACUUACCAUGUAACGUCUAUCAUUUUUUCAAUAGGUAUAUCACUAACUUACCAUGAAUCAUCUAUCAUUUUAAUAGGUAUAUCACUAACUUACCAUGUAACAUCUAUCAUUUUAAUAGGUAUAUCACUAACUUACCAUGUAACAUCUAUCAUUUUAAUAGGUAUACCACUAACUUACCAUCUAACAUCUAUCAUUUUAAUAAGUAUAUCACUAACUUACCAUGAAUCAUCUAUAAUUUUAAUAAGUAUAUCACUAACUUACCAUGUAACAUCUAUCAUUUUAAUAGGUAUAUACAUAACUUAUUGCGCAACAUCUAUCAUUUUAAUAGGUAUAUCACUAACUUACCAUGUAACAUCUAUCAUUUUAAUAAGUAUAUCACUAACUUACCAUGUAACGUCUAUCAUUUUUUCAAUAGGUAUAUCACUAACUUAUCAUGUAACAUCUAUCAUUUUAAUAGGUAUAUCACUAACUUACAUGUAA